AUGGCGAUACAGAAGCAAGACGCCAAGGACUCAGAUACGGACAGUCUAGCUGCAAACAACAGUGCAAGGAACACAGAGACGCCUUCCCCGAUGCCGAUGCCGAUACCGACGACCACUGCAGCGCCAACAACAACGUCGACUACUAGUACUGGUGCUGGUGCCACCAAGCCUGAGUCAAGUCAUUCUGGUACAGGCAAACAACGACCACGGCUACGACCACGGCUGGACUAUAUUACCUUGGAAGGUCUGUUUCCGCUUCCUCCAUCUCAGUCCCAAUGGCAGUCAGCCACAGACAGCUCCGGACCAUCGCCAUCGCCAUCGCCACUGUGGUAUAUCUUGACAACGGCGGUCCUGCUAGCAUUCCACAAGGAGAAGCUGAUCGGCGACUUGUGGACGUAUCUGGCCAGACCACGCCGCGGGGAGAGUCAUGAUGAUGACGACGACGACGACGACGAUAUUGAAGCCGAAGAAGAAGAAGAAUCACUGAUGGUGAUUGCAAGACGGAUUCGCGAGGCCUGUCUCAAAGCUAGCACUCUUGUCGGCUUUCCCAGGGCAAUCAACGCCCUCUUCGCACUCAGCUCGGCCAUCGAAGCCACGCACCCGGGGCUCGCGUCCAUCCUGGCCCACGACACUUCUCUACGAGCGCCGCUCCGGCCGGCGGAGAAAUACGACCGAGGCAUGUCCUUCUUUGCCCAGAUCUACCAGCAACACACGGCGCGAGUUCUGACCGCCAUGGACGCCACGUCCGGCGGCGACCUGACCCAUUUCGCCAUCUCUUGCAUCUACGGCGAGUUGCUCAGCGAACAGACCAUUGUGGGCGCCGUCGACACCGGCUUGUUGGAGUUUGUCUGUUGUCUUGCCGACGGGUGUGGGCCGCAGGCUAAAGGGCAUUUCUUCGGCUCCAUCAACCUGGGAGCGACCGACGCGACGCUACGCGCUGCCGUGCAGCUCACGGAACUCCUGGCCCAGCAACUGCAAGUCGGCUGUGCGUGGAAAGCGGACGAGAACGCGGAAGCUGACGACUUUCGCUUCCUCGAGAGAGUCAUGCAGUCGGACUCGGCCUGA